AUGUGUCGCCUGCUGGUUUUUAUACUAAUUGUCUUAUUCUCUGGAGGAUCCCAAAGUUGGUCAGCCAGAGAAGUGAUUCAUCAGCUGAAUAAAGAUGGGAAGCAUCAGCUUAAUAUCUACAUGGAUUGUGGUGAUACUGAUCUGAAGAUGGAUCAGGAAGUUUCCAAUUUGUUAAUCGAAAGUUAUAAAAAACCAAAAAAAUUAAUGGGUAGAUUCAGCGAGCGUUCUUUAACCAUUGCCUGUUUGGAGGAAUCUACAAAAAAUCAAACUAUAAAUGGAAUACAGGAGCUACUCUGGGGAUUACACCACUUGCAAAUGUUGUUCAUCGUAAAUUCUAGCAAUUUUUACUUUCAAGAAGCUUUAGACAAAGGCUUUGUUCGGGUCCUAGCUUUGAAUUUAUUAAAUGGAAAGCUCUACACCUAUAGGCCCUAUCCAAAAGUUAACAUUCAUCAGAUUGAUGAUAUAAAAAUGUUCUAUAGCUUGACAAAUCUAAGAAAUCUGCAAAAACAGGCAGUUACUCUUACUGUGGAAACGAUGACACCUCGAUGCUUUCACUAUACAAACCGAAAAGGUCAAAAGGUCUAUGCUGGUUACAUGUACCAAAUGAUUAAGCAAUUUAUUAAGACCUACAAUGGCACUGAGAGACAUCUUUUAUAUGAUACAGACAUCAUACCCUAUGAAGAAGGGCUGAGGGCAUUAAAAAGUGGCGAAAUUGAUAUGGUUCCAAGGAUAAUACACACACUGGGUUGGAAAUAUUUCUACCACAGUCAUAUAUUCUUCAACAUUAAAACCUAUAUAAUGGUUCCUUGGGCCGAACCCUUGGCAAAAAGUCUGUACUUUAUACGACCUUUUGGUUCUGCAGUUUGGUUUACUAUUAUAGUUAGUUUUAUCUAUGCUUCUAUCUUGAUCUGGUGGAUAACACAUAGACAGGAGGAGAACUCCACUUUAUCUAAAACUUUUUUGGAUGUUUUGCAGUUGUUAUUUCAACUUCCUGUUACGAAAAUAUGGCAUUUCAAUAUGGGAAUGCAUCAGGUAGUAAGUUUCAUCGUCCUAUUCACAGUUGGCUUUAUUCUAACCAACCUCUAUACCGCUCAAUUAUCAAGUUACUUAACCACUGGCCUAUUCAAAAGGCAACUCAAUACCUUUGAAGACUUGUUCCGUGAAAAGCAAAUGCUGAUGGUGGAAAGUUUUGAUGCUGACGUACUUCGGAAAAUGAUCAAAGCUAAGAUAAUUCAAAAAGAAUUUGAAAACAUUACCUUUGUUGCCUCGAUAGAGGAUGUCUUUAAAUAUCGCAAGGGGCUCAACAAAACGUAUGCCUAUGAGGCCUACGAGGAUCGUAUUGCCUUUGAACUUUCACAGCAAAUGUAUCUUCGAGUGCCGAUUUUCAAGACAUUAAAGGAAGUCUUCGAUCAAAGGCCAGUCUUUAUUUUAGUUCGUCAUGGAUUGCCAUAUUUAGAGCUAUUUAACAGUUACCUUAAAGGUAUCUGGGAAUCGGGAAUUUGGGGAAAACUUCAGAGGGAUGCCACCCUUGAAGGAAUCUCUGGCGGUGAAAUAAGUUUUCGCAUAUCAAAAUCCCGCGAAAUACAGGUUUUCGAUAAGGAGUUUUACUUCUUUGCCUACAUUUUACUGGGCUUGGGGUGGUUUUUUGGUACUGUCGUGUUUUUGUUAGAGAAAUUUAUGUUUUAAUUAUAAGUUACUAAAGGUUUG